GCGGGUGGCCCGCGUGGAUUGCUUCCUCGCAUGGGAAGUCAAGUCAAUAAAAGCUCAAAAUCUGAUUGCAGGCGAUGCAAAGCCGCGUAAUAGUUAUAUUCUAAUUUAUUGGUCACGCGAUUCGAAACCGUGACCUCGCAUGUGGGUAAAUUCACGAGUUCUUUCUCAGAAAACUCACGGGGAGGUGUUUUCUUGGAGAAUUGGUCCUGCUGGGAAAGGGAAGGGAAAGAGGAAGGGGCUCUUUUUAAGCCCACCUCUUAAUCUUUUAAUUCCAAAUAGAAUUGCUUGUAACAGAAUUUAUUCAUAGCUUGUCUGCGUACAUUGUCAUUGCGUUUUUCACCAUUCAAAAUGAAGGGAGCAGACAUUUUAAUGGCCGCUGUUGCAGCAGUUGCGUCUACUGCCUUGGAUUUUCCGGCCCAAACACGCGGCGUUCAGAUCAGCGCUUUCUCUUCGUCAAGGGGGAAAAUGGACAAUUUGGAGAGACACCCAUGUGAGGAAUUGCAGUGCAGGCCGUUUAAUGAAGAUAAGUUCGCUCCAAAGUUUGAUGGGCUUCGCUUUAUUGAAACUCUCGUAACUGCUCACAGAUAGGGUUUCUAGGGUUUCAAAGGGGUCUUCUAUUUUUUUGGUUUCAUGGGUACUGGUGUUUUGGGAUUUGGAUUCGGUUUUGACAGCAUGUCUGGAUGAGAAAGUUAGGGGACUUAUUUCUGUCUCCGAUAUUUGUGGGAGUAAUAUUGCCACCAUUUUUAAUUCUUUGCUCCGCUGAUUUUAUUUGAAGAAAAGCGGAUGAAGGGUUUGUUAUUGGGGAUUCCAUUUUUCUGAGUAAAGUAUUUGUACGGCUAGAGAGGUUGGGCAAGACAGCGGCGGUAGUUGUAAUGUAACUUCGACGAUUUAUGAGAAAGCUUUGCAUUGUGUUUUGAGACA